AUGUUUGGCUUGACUAAAGACAGUACCAUCGUCCCUGCCUCACCCUCGCCAUGCCCACACCAGCCUGCUCUCAGCACCAGCCGCAGCCAUGGAGAAGAGCUGCACCAUCAGCAUGCGACCAGCAUGUGGCAGUGUUCCAUCUCUAACACACAGCCACAGUCAGACUCUAUAGCGGAGCCUCUGUCUGAGCCCCAAAGGACAGCAGGACAGAAUAACAGAACUCUAUCAUCACACAAUGGACACACGGAUCCCCCUAGACUCAUCAGAAACGACCUCCAAUGCCCCCCACCUGACUAUCUGAGUGAUGAAGGCUCAGAGGACACAGACAAUGUUUUCCCUGAACACCUCCCUCCAUCCCGGCCCCGUAGACUGGAGAAACGGCUCAACACUGCCCCUAGUGGUUGCAGAGCUCCUGUGCAUCAGCCACAAGAGAGAAGCAACGGGAGUCUCAGCAGUCACAACAGCUUCAGAGAGGACCGUAGCAAGGGGGGGGAGAGGGGCAGGGGAGAGAGGGAAGAAAGGAGGAGUCUGCAGGACAGGGAUAGGGGGGUUCAGAAGGAGAGGGAUAGGAUUUGGGACAGGAAUCCCAGGGUGGAGCAUGAUGGGGGUUAUGACAGGGACCCCAGGUCAGAGGAUGGCAGAGAGAGGCACUACAGAGGAAGUACUAGUGACCCUUUCAGAGGGGUGCAGGAUAGAGACCGAGACGAGGUCAGAAGGAGCUGGACCCACAGAGAGACCAGCGACAACAAACAAGUCCACUUCCAGGACGACGCCAGCAGGCGCUGUCAUAGUUACCAUGGCGAAAGCAGGCGGGCGGUGAACGUCUGGGAGCUGAUUGCCCAUGACUUAAGAGAGAGGGGUGUGGCCUUGAGGCAGAGCUUCCACGGGGGGUCACGGUCACAGGGGGCGAGGGGGAAGGUCCGAGACAGCCAGGUGCAUGACGGGGGAAAUGCCGUCACCCAUAGCAACUCUCAACCUCAGAGGGGUUUUCAAAGGGCCAUCCCCACCAGGCCCAGUUACCAUGGCGAUGUCAGGGAAAGGAUAUCCUCACAAAGAGAAGGCCACAGUGACAGAGGCUAUGGGGAAGAGAGAGAAAGAAUCCAUGAAAACCUGACCAUGGUGGAGGGUAGUGGGACUGAGGUCUAUGAACACCGUAGAGAUGAUAGGCGGUUCAGCAGAGAGAGAGAGGGGAGCAGGAGGAGUAGUGGAGACCCCAGACACGAGGUCAGCUCAGGUGGGGACCAGGAGAGGGAGGAGGGCAGGGAUGACCGGCACUACCAUAGCGAACGCAGGGUGAGGUGGGAGCGCAGGGUGAGGAGGAGUGCGAGUGAAUGCCGACAUGGGCAUGAGGAGAAGAAGCAGUACCACUCAGAGGAGGAGAGACCCCCACCCUCACAGAGAGUCCCCCAACGCAGCCAAAGCUUCUGCAGCAGAGGGCCCUCCAUCAGGGCCAGAUCCAGGCACACCGCCAGAGCAGGUAACACCCAGAGCUACAGGCUGCAGGUACCUCAGUGCUCUGAACAGGCAGACCUGCAGGGGAGGCAGCUACUGUACUCUACUAUACCCAAAGCUUCCCCAACAACCUCUCUGUGUGUACAUCUACUCUUCACAUCCUUCAUCAAUCAACAAUCAAAUCUGGAAAAAUCAACUCAUCUUUUGGUUUCCUUGUGUUUGAGGGAGGGGCCCUUGAAUAAGGGUAUAUUUUUCAAAAGUUUGAUAUUUCCUCUGUUGUAUUGUUGGUCGUUCUGGGAAAUAUCUUAACCUGAAAUUCCUUUAUUUCGAGAACAGCUGCUCUUCUUCAACCCCUCUCCAGCCUUCAUCUUCUUUGUCCUCUCAUCUCUUGAAAUGAUCUAAGUGUUGAGUGUUGUUCUUGAUGAACCUGUCUCCCAGCACGUGCUGUAUCAUUAUGUUUCUUUCCUCUAAUUACAUGUCUUUCUUCAUCUUCACAAGGUCUGUUAUUUCAUAUACCUUUUAUCAUACCACAUCACUCCCAUCACACCCCUUAUUUCUCUAAACCUUCCUGACCCCAAGUCUCUCCUUCCACAGGAGCCGCACUGCAGCUGGAGAAGGGGGCGUGUCUGGACCUGGGGGUGCUGCAGCAGGUGCUUCUGGAUGAGGAGCUGGCCAGAAGGCUGCAGGAGGAGGAGGAGGAGGAGGAGAAGCUGCUGAGGAGGGUAAGGGACAGGGAGGAUACCACACCCACAGCGCCACCUACUGGAUAUACUUUCAGCUCACCCCUAAUACUACUAUGUUGCUGAGUGUUAACCACUCUUCUCUGGUGUUGUCAUUGCAGAGCCCUCCAGCCCAUUCCUCCCACUCUCAACGCAACUCCUACCCAGUGGGAGACUUCAGAGUGGCACAAGUGGCUCAGGAUGAGGUAAGAUGUUGUUUUAGAGGUACAGCAGUAAAUAUCAUGAUUUAGGCAGAGUUUCUUUAAUGGGAGACUCUCCUCCCAAGUUUAUAUGACCUUUUUAUCACCCAAUCUCACUAUUCAUCAGAUAAAUCAUAGGUUUAGCAAAACCAUCAGAAAAUGCAGCCUUCAAAGCCUAGGGUUAAGCUACAGUCCACCUGUCCAGUGUAAAACAACAAGCCCAUUGUGUUUAUGACCCUUUGUGGUCACUGUGUCCUCUGUCAGGAAAUUGCCCGCUUCAUGCAGAAGCAGGAAAUGAAGUCAAAGCGUCGGUCACGUGACCUUGAUGGCCCGGGGUCACAGCGUGAACCGCAUGACCUGGCUGACCCCUAUGACAGGAGAACUGCCAGAGAGAGACAGGUAGCUGCUUCUGGUUUAGUUUUUUUUCCCAAUCGCUUUGGUGCUAUUUUCACAAGUGUGUGGUGAAUUUUCAAAACCCUUAGUACAAAACUCCAAACUGAUAUCACUUGUAACGCAGCAAGUCUCAUAUUAAAAUGUUUUUAUUGUGCAUUAAUUUUGUUUUGAAGACAUCUUUCACCCCACAACCAUUGAUCCAAAAUAAGUUUAUAAGAACAUUCAUUUAAUCACCAACACAACAUAAUGAUAUCUUCUCAAUUUUGUUAUUUUAACAACCGGUUAAUCUAAUAGCAAUAAAUGCAAGAUGCAUGUUUCAAAAUUGCCACUUUGAAUGUAAUAUGCUACAGUACAUUAGGCAAUACACUUGCACUACCCAUUAAAAUUGACUGAACAUCACAUUUCCAUCUCAUUUCUAUCCCAUGUGUGAUCAAAGGUGUGAUCAUUGAAGACAUCUUUCAUAAUCAAUGUUUAGCAGGCACUAGUUUGCAUCAAGCCUGUCCUGAGCAUUCGGCCAUAGGUUGAUUAUAGAAACAUGUUUUAUAACAUAAGGAAGUGCAAUGUCAUCACCUAAGCAUGUUUUCACCAACGGGUUAUUACAGUACUGCAUUGGCCAAUGCAAUUUUAGUGAAGCAUUUUGGAUACAUGUUUAGAGGAUGCAUUUGUUACAUACAGUACAUAUCUGAUCUUGUCUAUCAGAUUUUUUACACAUUUACCAAAUGGUUAAGUGAUUAUCAAUUAAGAGCAGUCGGAUUAAGUCAAAGUGAAAUGUAUUUUUAACAAAUGAGAAGAGGAUCAUAUCAAAAGUAAUGUGAGCAUUGCAUUAUGAAAUAAUUACUUUAUAUGAACAUGUAUUGCAAUGUGAACAUGUAUUUCUAGAUGAAACUGAUUUUAAGUUUAGUGAAAAAGUGACUGUAUGAUGAUGUGUGUUGUACUUAGUCAAUUGAAAAUGUGCUUAGAGUUUUGAAAUACCUGCCUUUUUGAUGAUCUGUUUUGAGUUUUGUACUAAGAGUUGUGAAAAUGUACCACACCAAAGCGAUUGGGAAAAAAAAAACUGUAAAGAGCCAUUGCCUACAUAGUGUUAACUAUUGACACUAUACUUUGAAUUAGCAGUCUGUCUUAUUUCAAAACAAUGUUUUCAAUACGAAUAUUACUGUUUAUAAUUGUAACUGUAGUUUACUGUCCUGUGUCUCAGAUCCAGCGGGAGAGACUGGACUCAGAGGACCUUCCAUCUCCUACUGAGGACUGCUCUCCAGACUAUCAGCCCCCUAGCCCCACAACACUGUGAGUCACUCUAAUCUAAUGUGUAUAUAUAACACUGGGAAACCCCAGGCUGGAAGUGCCCUCCUUAACACCUGACUGAUUAUCAUUUGCUGAAAAAGUAUGGGGCUUUUGAAAAAGUCAUUGCUAGAGAUUUGCUACCCGUUGAGUGGUAGAUUCGGCUAUGAAAGUACCGUAUUUUCCACACUAUAAGGCGCACCGGAGUAUAAGCCGCAGCAGCUAAAUUGAAUGAUGUGUACAUAUAUAAGCCGCACUGGACUAUAAGCCGCAGGUGUUUUAAUGUUUAAUUAUGUUUAAUUACCAUAUGUAAGGGUUCUGAUGGACAGUCCCUUUCGUCUCAUAAAUCUGAAACACCAGGAUGGUCCACCUCUAAAAUUUUCAAUUUUCAUUUCGGUGGCGACUGUUUCAGCUUUCAGUCGGAUCUGCACGGUGGAAACACCUCGGCCGUCUGCUCUCUGUGUGUUCACCCAAUCUUCAAGAAAGUCUUCAAGUUCGGGCCAUCUGCUUUUAUUACCUCUGAAAGCUUUUUUUGACUUUUUGCAUUGAGACAGUUCUUCCCGCUGGCGUCUCCAACUUCUCACCAUUGACUCAUUGAUGCCAAGGCUACGUGCAGCAGCUAUAUUUCCUUCUUUUACAGCCAGAUUGACUGCCUUUAACUUAAAAGCUGCAUCAUAUGCAUUUCUACGUUUGUUUUCCAUAAUGAGGGUUUGUGCAUGAAAACUUCCUUUGCACAAACUGUCUCGCUCUCGUAAUGUCUGUCUGUCUUGCUCUCGUUCUGUCUCUCGUACCACUCUCGGUUCCACUUUUACUUUUGCGCGCUACCUGUCUCACUGUUUUCCGGCCUCCAGCUUUUCCUGCUGGAGCCCACCGCUUAAAGGUGGGGGGCGCGGACCGGUCAUAGAGCCCAUAGAGUUAAAGUUGGUGGACUGUAACCUGUAAAAUCCAUAGAUUUAGGAGGUCUUCUAGUGGCCGUUAGCUGUAAAAAUCCAUAGAUUAGCCGCACCGUUAUAUAAGCCGCAGGGUCGAAAAAUUGGGAAAAGGGUGCGGCUUAUAGUCCGAAAAUUACGGUAGUUCUAUAUUUCAACCAACUACUGAUAUCUUUACAGACCACAACAGCCAAUCAGAAUCAGAAACAUUGCAGAGGAACUGGACCCAACUUUCAAGGCAAGGAGACAAGACAAGGAGCGCAUCAGAGCGGGACCAACAAUUUCUGGUAGGAAUAACUUAACCCCUGAUCAUCUCAUCAUAACAUGUAGCUAAUACUGUAGCGGUGAUGUGCAGUUUUAGGACAUCCUGUUGUGUUCCUUAUAGGCGCAUCCUCCUGCCAGUCUCAUCCCACUCCUCACUCCGGCUUACAUGAUUUUAUGGAGGAGCCAACGUUCAUCCCGCCCACCAAGAGGCAGAGCGACAAAUCAGUACGCUCCAAAUCCAAAGAGAAGAAGGAGAACUGUAAGCAGCAGUGA